CCAACUGAAACGGCCUCCUCAUGGCGCAGCCGCAGAGAGGUCGACAGAGGCGGAGACAAACACGUCAUGUGACAUGUACCCGGAAGGACACGGCCUUCCUUCACCAUGCACUUUAUUCACAUUAUGCAACCAUAUCAGAUUUUCAGGUUUUUGUCCAAGACGCUUUUGUUUUUACCACCAUGCUUCCAGCAGCUGCAGUCUUUCGUUUCCCCUGGGAAGUAAACUCUGGAGAAGUGCAGGAAGGAGAGUCAGUGAGAGUAUUUGGCAGACUUGUCUGCUAUCAGCCUGAGGAGUCCAGGGCUACACUGUCAGCUCAGCAUGCUUCAAAAGAGCACCACGUGGUCGUCCACACCGUGUUUGUGGAGCCCUUCAACCCAAUAAUUGGGGCCCAGUACUUAGUUCUGGGUGAGGUAGAAAAUGCUCAGGGGGUUGGCGUGAUGGUCCGUGCCCGUGUGCUAAACUGUGUUGAUGGUGUAAACAUUGCUCUUCUACAGAAAGCCAUCAAUGAGCAAAGGAGCUUCUUUGGGGAGAGGGAGCGUACACCGAGUGAUGCUGCACAACCUGCACAUACAACGUGAUUAGGGUCUUCAUUCAUCAAGUUUCCCAGGGUGCUCAUUGAGUAUCAGGACUACCAGUGCUGCCAAGAUUCACUGGAGUGCUGUUGUGUGAAAAGUGUAAAAGACAUAGAUGUACUGACUAAAUGACUAUCAUGUCUACCUCUGAUCAUAACAGCUUUCGGCACUGUAUCAGUCCUGGGGUUGCUAUUUGAUAAUUACAGCCCCAAAUGAAUGGCUUGACAUUAGGGUUGCAUGUGUGUUCAACAAAGUAUUACUAGCAGAUGCUUUGGGCCAUGACAUGAAUAUGGUACAUUUUGUUAGCCAUGUUGAGCUGUCUGAUAACAAUAGGUUUUUCAAUGCUGCAAAUUUUAAUGGUGGGAGUUUCCAGUCUUAACAUUCUCGAUGUAACUUUGUGGUCUGAUAUCUUUCAAAUGCUUUAAAAUCGUUACAAU